AAUAACACGUCCUUGUAGGCCUGCAGUAGAGGUGUCAUGGCGGACUCCGGAGGAAGAGUAAACAAACGGGAAGAUACGUUGUCAAGACAUAACAGAGGCACUGGAAACGGCGAGGAGACGAAAGCCGUUAACAAGCACAGCUCGCAGAGCAAGCGGGACGUUUCUACGUCGGAAUAUUGCGAAAAGCUGCAGGAAUGGAUGUGGCAGUAUUACUGCGGUUACGUGAACUGGCAGAGCUGGAUGACUGUGUCUGCGUUUUCUUUCCCGCCGUGUCCUCCGACACCAGGACUAGCGACAUGGGGAGCAGGUUUGGCUAACGGCUUCUCACUUUCGCCCACUCAUGUAUCCGCUGUGUCCACCGCUACCUCUGUUGGAAAUAGGGGUCAGCGAGGAGGAGAUGUUCGCGGGCAGGGCUCGCCUGCUCCUGUCAGCACGCCUGCCCAACAGCCACAGCAGAAUGGAAAUGCUCCACAGCCAGGUCAAGAAUAUUCCAUCCCCUCUCCUUUUCUACGUUUCUUGGCUGAGAUGGUGGAUUUCUUCAUUCUUUUCUUUAUAAAGGCAACCAUCAUCCUCAGCAUAAUGCACUUGAGUGGAAUGAAAGAUAUAGCAAAGUUUGCCAUGCACUUCAUUGUGGAAGAAAUAGAUGAAGACACGUCAAUGGAGGAGCUACAGAAAAUGAUGCUUGUGGCUCUGGCGUACCGGAUAUUGGUUUGCUUCUAUGAGAUUAUAUGUAUAUGGGCGGCUGGUGGAGCCACUCCCGGGAAAUUCUUGAUUGGCCUGCAAGUGGUCACUUGUGACACUUCAGUCUUGAUGCAGCCCAACCGUGUCCGUGUGGUGCCUGCAACUAACGUCAGUCUGUCUGCGUCAGCGGUACGAGCCUUGAACAAGAACUUCUCCAUUGCGUUUUUCUUCCCGGCAUUCAUCACGCUGCUCUUUUUCCAGCACAACAGAACUGUGUAUGAUAUUGUGGCAGGCACCAUUGUGGUCAAGAGAAACAGGCCGAGAUGAUCUCUCUGUUGUAGUCGAAGCCAAACCUGCACCAUCAUAUGCACAAAUGAACCUUCUGAGAAAAGAAGUCCAGGUGAAUCUGAACUGAACCAAAGUCUUGCUGGGGCUGCAGGAGAGAGAGACAUUCAGGAACUUCUCUGACCAGUCCAUCGAAAACUCCCAAGUAUUUUUUCACUCCAGGUACCCAGAGAGCUCUAGAAAACCUGAAUUGCUGUUAGUUUUGCAGUCUAACUUGCAUCAGCUGGACUAUGUCCUAGUGCCAAAUCACAUUUUCUAAAAAAAUUGGGUCCCUCUCUAUAGUUAUGAGUUAUACAAAGACCUUCUCACUGUUUCCUUUAUGAAAGUUUAUACUCCAAGACGUUUAAUGUUCGAGUGUCAAGACUUCAAGCUGGAACAGGUUAAUUACAAUAACUUAUUAUAAAAUUAUUCUUUAAUUUUACUUGCUUGUUUGACUCACAGUUUACCCCAAAUAUUUGUCUUGAUGAUUUUGUUUGGUUGAUUAAUUUGCCUUAACGUGCAGAUUAAUAUGGGUUUUUUUUUUCCAGAGUAAUAUGCUGCUUUGCACAUGACAAGCAUCACUGCAUGCCUUCCUGUGGUUACAAUAAAAUCUGACCAUUUUUGUCUCUUUUCGCUUUAAA